CCCGCGGGAGCCGGGGCGGGCAAGGGCUGCGGUGACCCCGCUGGUUCUGUGCCGGCCUGGGGGAAGGCUGCGUGUUGCCUCCCUAGGCGCCGGAGGUGGAGGCCCUGGGAAUGGACAGAAAGCGUCAGGAAGGAAGGGGUGCGAGUUGAAGUCUGCCACUGAACUGAGCCUUGAUUUUCUGUGAAGAUAGGGAGGUUUCCUAGGCAAGAAUAAAGAUGUCUAAAGCACCUGCGUUUUCUAAAGUAGUUGGGAUGCUAAGUCUGAUUUUAUAGGGAGUGUCAUGCCUGUCUUCUUCCCCUCACACCUAAAAGAUACCUGCCUAGGUAAGUUACGCUCUGCUUCGGUUGCUGUCCUGAACUCUGCUGUCCCCCAUGGGUCACGUACUCUGUGGGUCACGUAUAAGUGUUGCCAACGUUCCAGGUUAACUGGUUUUUCUGCAGCGGUGCACUGGAGCCAGAGAAGAGUUUUCAUUGGGACUGGUAACCCACCCACUCGGUGCUGAAGAUGUGCAAUAAGAUACGUGAAUGUGGGUAGGGAGAUUGUGGGGAGCCAGCGAAGGACUGGCUUCUCUACUGAGACAUCCUCAGCAUUUUUGGUUUUGCAGACUAGAACCAAUGCUUUAGUAUCUUUGAUUUGAUUCUGCAAGGGGUAAACAGAAAAAAAAAUAGAAAACCAAACUCUGAAAAUUUUUCUGUGGUGACCUGAUAAUUUUUCUGAAGGAGAUUCCAUUAGCAUAGAAAUCUGCUAGGUUAGUGUCCUGCUACUGAGUGAAUGUGGGCGAUCACUAUACAUUAAAUUAGUCAUCUUCAAAACUGUGAGCUACUUAAGAAAUUGCAUUGUUCGUGACCGUCUUUAAUCCAAACCUUGUCAUCUCAGAGUGCUGCCUGAUGAAAUGCAUUGAGAGGGAGCCAGUUUGCCUUUCUGCGGUGGCUAUCAGAGAAAGUGCAACAUUGACCAGAGAUGUACUUGAGCAACACUUUAAUGAUUUGAAAGGGACCCUAAAGAAGCUGUUGGAUGAGCGACUGAUGUCACUGCUGCAGGAAGUGGAUGCUAUAGAACAAGACAGCAUCAAACCCUUGGAUGAAUGCCAGAAGCUAAUAGAGCACGGAGUCAGUACAGCCGACGAUCUGCUCCGGGAAGGAGAGAGUGCAGUCCAUGGAGAUGUGGGACAACAGAAUGAGAAACUGUGCAACUUUACAAAAAAAGCUUUACAUAUUCAGCUAGAUAGCUUACCAGAAGUGCCCUCCUUGGUUGACGUGCCUUGUUUAUCUGCCCAGUUGGAUGACUGCCUUCUUACUAUAUUGAAAAAUCAAAUAUUCAGACAUGGAACUGUGGCAUCUCGCCCGCCUGUACAGCUAGAGGAAUUCGUUGAGAAGCCUGGAGGUAUUUUAGUCCGAUGGUGUAAGGUGGAUGAUGACUUCAUACCACAAGAUUACAGACUGCAAUAUCGUAAGAGUACUGCCAGUCACUUUGAAGACGUGUAUGUUGGCUCGGAGACAGAGUUCAUAGUGCUGCACAUUGAUCCUAAUGUUGAUUACCAGUUCAGAGUCUGUGCCCGAGGAGACGGACGGCAAGAGUGGAGUCCAUGGAGUGUUCCUCAGAUCGGCCGUACCACGCUAGUUCCCCAUGAAUGGACAGCUGGUUUGGAGGGUUACAGCUUGAGCAGUCGAAGAAACAUAGCUCUUCGAAAUGAUUCUCAGGCAUGCGGUGUCCUCUACUCCAAAGCUCCUACGUAUUUCUGUGGGCAAACAUUAACAUUCAGAAUUGAAACCGUGGGACAGCCAGACAGACGGGACAGCCUAGGAGUGUGUGUGGAGCAGCAGAACGGCUAUGAUUCUUUGCAGCGGGAUAAAGCUGUGUGCAUUAGCACAAAUGGGGCAGUAUUUGUAAAUGGAAAAGAGAUGACAAACCAGCUGCCUGCUGUUACUUCUGGAUCAACUGUGACGUUCGACAUGGAAGUUGUGCAGUUAGGGCCUUCCAGCAAUGAGGGAGGAAACUUCAAGCUUAGAGUAACCAUUAGCUCUAACAACAGAGAAGUGGUCUUUGACUGGGUACUUGAUCAAUGCUGUGUCUCUUUGUAUUUUGGAUGUUCAUUUUCAUACCCAGGCUGGAAAGUUUUGGUGUUUUAGCAAUGAGUGAAGGGAUUUUUGGUUUUGCUAUAAAGUGUAAUGUUAAAACCUGGCUUUCCAGUUGUUUGACAUCAACCAUCUGUUAACAAAAACUUGUCUUUAUACUACUUGAACUCCACUAUAUUGUACUUCCUACUGGAUUCAGUUAAACAAAUAAUUGUGAAGCAUGGGAUUUGUUACUCUGGGAAAAAGUUAGAAACAGGCAUGUGCGUAGCCAAAUUAAUUUAAGCAGUCCAUAAGACCUUUCCCUUUUUCCUCCAGACUGUAUUUUUGUCAGUAUUUCAUUGUACUCUAGUCUCAGGGUACGGAUGUUGUAUGGAAUUAACUUUGCUUAAAGCUGCUGUUUUGUGAAAUAAGCCUGUAAAUGUUUAGGGGGGGUCGAGGGGUGGUAAUGGACCAAAAUUUUAUUUAUACCACUCAAAAAGAACAAAGUAUUUAGAGCAGUGAUGUCCUGCUAUGCUUCCUUGUACACAAUGCUGCCUUAAUAGUAUGAAUGGAUAGUGGGUUCUGCAUGCAGCAGCAGUUUCUUCCAUGCAUGGUACUGUUCAUUCCUCUAGAGCAAGGAUGUCUGAGCCAUAAUGUCUGUUUGAAUAUGUAGCCUGUCUGUUAAUGUCUCACUUAAGUGCCUUAUUUCCAGGUAUUUCUUGAACUGUUUUGUGUUGUCACUUGGAAUGUAUUUUCUAGAGUAGUUGCAUGGUGAUGCUUACAUCAACUUAAUGCAGAUAACUGCCCCAAACUAGACCAAUACCUAGAGCAGGAUGGUUAUUCAUAUUUGCUCUGAAUGUCUUCCCUAGUUACAAUUUACCAUAUAGUCUAUGUCAGAGCAAGUCUUACAGAUUUCUUACUUCGGCACGACAUGCAGACGGCAGCCGUGAUUCCUCACAGAGCCCUUCUAAGACGUAGAGACAACCUUCUUUCUUUCUAUUGUCCAACAACAGAGCCAAGGGAAGUGCUGUUUUGAUAUGCAGGAUUCCUAGAAAUCCCAGUUAGCUACCUGGGAACACCUUGUGUUCACGUGCAAUAGUGCAGGUUUAUGGUCCAAGUGCUGGGGACGGACUAGGCCACCCAAGCAAGGUGGGACUGCUGCUGGAGAUCCACCUUGGGAGAUAAUGGAGAGGGGCUUUGGGUAUGGGCUUAAGGCAGACUCUGCUGGCACAGACUUAACCUGUGGCAGUCAAAAUGGAGCCAAUGGUAAUUUAGCUCUCUUCCAUGUAGUAGGAUGGGAUAAGAAAUUUUUAUGAAUUUACUUUGAAUUCAGAAGUUACAUGAAGUUACCACUAUUUUCCCUAGGGAGCAACUAAGAUUUAGAAUGAGCUCAUCAAAGAGAGCCCAUUCUUGGUCAAAAGAUUGCAUUACUACUGCAUUUAGAGUAUUUUCAAGUAAUGCUCACUGAGGGCCUUUAAAGGGACUUUCUUACCUCAAGUUUAAAAUUAAAUAUAUUUUAGCAUGUUAGAAUAGCAGUAUUUUUAUAAAACCUAGACAAUCAUUCUGCCAUUUUUCCUUCAGUGUCAAUAUGCUACAUUAGCACUCUAUGCUAGCAUAAAAAGCUUAAUUUGCAUUGGAUUAGUAUCACCCAUACUCACAGUGUCAGCACGAAGAGAUUAAUCACCUGCCUGCAUAUUUUCCCCCAAGCAUCGAUAGAAGGGGUACAUGAAUGGCAGUUGAUAUUUAUACCAUUUACAAGAAAAUAAAACUGUGAGUAGAUUCAGAUGGAUGCAAAGAACUUGCACAUGGUAGAGUUUGGUUGGAAUUUAUUCUUAAUAGAUGAAGUGAGGAAGCCUGGACACCUGUACGCAAGAUAAUCCAGUGUUAGCAACGAAAAGCCUGCAGAAUUCUAUUUUUCAAGCUUAACUAUUUCACUGUUAGGGAGUAAGAGAAUACUAGCUUAUCCUGUACUUUCAGUGUUCCUUUGAAUUAUCCUGUGAGUAUUUUCAAUACUUCUAAAAUACGACGGUUCUUUUCCUAUAGCCAACAUGUCCAGUAGAUGAUCAAACAGGAUCAGUCCUGUUUAGAGAGGGUCAGGCUGGCACUCUGGCUAACAGCCAACUUAAAUUGUGCUCCCCUUAGUAGUGCUGGUAAUUUUACUUCACCACUUCAGGUGUCAGGUACUAGUUGUAACUUAGUACUUUUACCAUAUGGAAACUAAAAUAGUGAAUAUCUACGCUUCUGAGGUACCGAUGGGUCAGGUACCUUUUCAUCUGCUCUCGGAGGGGCCAGUCAGCCUGUCCAUUCUGCAGGAUACUUCCUUGUGUAUUAAAAAAAACAAAGCUUAAACCUUGCAUUCAGGUACUUCCAGAGAUGGUAAUGCCUUGUCAGUUUGUUCAUAAUAUACAUAUACAAAGCAGCUUGAGAUGACUGUGAAGGGCCGCAGGAGGCCCCUACCGCUCCCCUUGAGAGCUGAGGAUGGCAAUAGAAGAAAUAGUUUUUUCUGCCUUCAGUCUUUUAGUCAUGUUGAACAAAGGCAGCUUGCCCAUCUUGCAUUGGGUUUUGGUGGUUUGUUUUUUUUGGUUUUGUUUUGGUUUUUGUUUUUUUUUUAAACUUUUUUUUAAACUUUUAAACUUAGCAUAAGCCUAGCUCUCCAAACUGCCGAUUAGGUACUGUUCAGCCACCUCUUAGAGCUGCACCUUUUAAACCUGGGAGGGGUGAAGAGUUUCAGGGCAAGACACCCCAAGUAAUAAAGUAACAAAAGUAGGCCAAGAAUCAGAAGGGGCUUAAAUCAAAAAGGUUGAAAUUCUGUUCUUCCACAGUGGAGCUCAGCUGGAUAGAGAACUUCGACGCUUCCUUUACAAUUUUUCAUCUCUAGCUCUUGGAGCCUCACAAGCACAAGUGUUAACUGCUUAUGAAAUCCAAUCCUGAAAGUUGUUUUCUUAAGCUAGUACGUUCACUUACCUCAACAAAGAUGUAUGUGUCAAGUGAAAUUUGCAUUUUUUUUUAAAAUAAAGUUUUAUCCCGCAACUGUGUAUGGUCUAGUUAU